CUCAUACCACAGAGUGGCAGCGCUGGCAUAGCAUCGUUCAGAAUAUCCUGAGCCGGGAACGAGCUGCGAUAGCUGCCGCCUGUGCGCACCUCCUUACUCGGAUCCCUCCCGGGUCGUCAUAGCCGGUGAACUAAAAAAAACAACUACAGUGGAGACAGGAGAACUGCACUCAUCCUGGGCACAGCGUGAGGAGAUUCAGCCGUUUGGGAAGAAUAACAAAACUACUGUCCUGUCCACAUCGGCCCUACAGAAGGAGAGGGGAGAGACGGGACCUCUGCGCUGUGAAGAGUCGCCCCUGUGCCGUGCGGCAGUGCGCGGAGAGCAGCCACAGACUCGGCAGACGCACUCAAAGCGCAGGCGGGACACAGGAAGGUGGAGGAUAUUUUACGCACAGCAGCACUUGGUAGCCCCGUUUGACACGCGGCCACUUACUGGGAGUCUCCUGCUCCGUUCAGGACUCAACACAGCCGCUUCGCCUCUCGGUCGGAUUUGCACUUGACUAAGUCCACAUGAUGGAUUCCUUCAUCGUAGCGGCUUUGGCAGUGUGCUCUCUAACGGCACCAGCCUAUGGGGACAAAGGGACCAGCAAAGCUCGGAGUUGUUCGGAUAUCAGGCAGUUUUAUAGCGGGAAAGGAUUCCCUCUGGAUGGUGUCCCUCAGUCCGAAAUAUCAGGGGAGCACCUGCGCAUCUGCCCCCAGGGUUACACCUGCUGCACCAGUGGCAUGGAGGACAGCUUGGCCACGCUGAGCUGCAGGGAGAUGGAGGGACUACUCAAAGACGCCGGCCGAUCCUUACAGACCUCACUCACUGGACAGUACAAGGCCUUCGAUGGUUACUUCCUGGAGAUGCUGAACCGCUCUGCGAAUAGUCUACAGGAGACUUUCACUGCAAAUUGGGGCUUAGUAUACUCCCAGAAUUCCCAGGUCUUCUCUGACCUGUACACGGAUUUGAGGCAGUACUACCGAGGCUCCCAUGUCAACCUGGAGGAGGUGCUGAACGAAUUCUGGGCCAGGCUGCUGGAGAAGCUCUUCUUCCAGGCAAACAAGCAGUAUUACAUAGGUGAGGACUACCUGGAGUGUGUGUCCAAGCAGAUAGAGACACUACGGCCCUUCGGAGAAACACCCCGUGUGAUGAAGACGAUGGUCACGCGCACAUUUGUGGCAGCACGCUCCUUUGUUCAGGGACUGGCGGUCAGUGGGGACGUGGUGCGCAAAGUGUCCCAGGUUCAGCUGAGCCAGGAGUGCAUGCGGGCCAUGAUGAGGAUGACUUACUGUCCCCACUGCCGUGGCAUGGCCUCUGCCAGACCUUGUGCCAACUACUGCAGCAACGUCAUGAAAGGCUGUCUGGCCAACCAGGCCGACCUCAACACCGAGUGGAGGCAUCUGGCAGAAACACUGAUGCAGGUGGCUGGAAGCUUUCAUGGCACAUUUGGUGUCGAUAGCAUGUUCCUGUCCCUCCCCGGUCGCAUAUCAGAAGGCAUGGCUACCAUGAUGGAGAAUAUAGAGACCAUCAACAGCAAGUUGUUCCAGGCGUGUGGCAACAUCAGAGAGGGAGGAGCCAGCAGCACGGGAGUCGAUGACAUGAAGAGAGGGAAGGUUACGGCGGAGGACAGGCUGGAAACCAGCUCGAACACAAUGUUCAAACUGGUGUCUGAUGUAACCGCGAGACUGAGGGACAUGCAGCCGUACUGGGUUUCUCUCCCAAGCAUUCUCUGCAGUGACAGAGUUGCCACUGGAACAGGGGCCGAGGAUAAGUGUUGGAACGGCAUGAAUCGUGCUAGGUACCUUCCUGAGGUGAUGGGUGACGGCCUUGCCAGCCAGAUCAACAACCCUGAAGUGGAAAUCGACAUCACCAAACCAGACAUGACAAUACGCCAACAGAUAAUGCAGCUGAAGAUCAUGACUCACCGCCUGAGGAAUGCUCUCAACGGCCAGGAUGUGGACUUUCAGGACACCAGCGAUGAUGUCAGCGGUUCAGGAAGCGGCAUGUGCGCCGACAAUACGUGUUCCCGUGACCCGCGCCUUGUUGUCCCCAUCACCGACCGACCCACAUUCUAUCCCAACCCUCCAGAAAACAAGAAGGUAAAAAGCUCCAGCUGCGGCCAGAACCUCCCCGGCAUCACCAUAUUCCUGCUUCCAUUGCUCAUUUUGCUGCUCCGGCGAUAAUUGACGGAGGAAUCUACCAACUGGGACUGAGUUUGGGACAUGGAGGUCGGGGAAGAGUCUGAAAGGGGAGGGAGGAGAUGUUGGGAGUUAUUUACUUUGCCAAAACUAAAUAAGUAAAAGGCAACAACAACAAAAAAAUCACUUUGAUGGACUUCGUGUUGGUUUUGGAUUAGAACUAAAUGGAUUUACGAGUAUUCAUAAGUGUUUUCUUUUCUUUUAUUUCUUGCUAUAUUAUGACACCAUUAGAGCUGGUCUUUUCGCAUCUUCUAAUGUUUUGUUUCUGGUGUUUGGGUUUUCUGAGAUUAUAUCUGUACCUAAAACAUGUGUAAGACUAUAUUGCUAACAGUAUGUUGGUGUUGACACCAUGGGGAGAUGGAGAAUGGGCUUUGCAGCGGCACUAAGAUUUGUAAUUCCACUCCUUUAAAACAGCACUUAUGUUCAGCAGAAUCAUUUAUUUAUCAAUAACUCACAACAGACCCCAGAGUGGUUUAAUCACUCCCCAAUCUACACAAACCACAAACUAAAAUGAAAUACAAUAUUGAUGACUUUUAAAGGGGGAUGAUCUGGACAGCACGACCCAGCAGACCUCUUAAUGCAUUAAGCUUCACAAUACGAUUACACCUACACACACACACACACACACACACUCUCUCUCUCACAGCGAGGAUGCGAGCGUCAGCACUUUUUGCCAUUUCAUCGUGUAAGCUGUAAUAAAAGCCGUGAUCACAUUCACACCGGCAUGAUCGUCUAAUGUGGGAUUAACGUGACACCGUCCGCCACUCCAUCCACUCGUCCCUACACCCCCCCCCCCCCCCCCCCCC